GGCCUCGUCACACCCGAGGAACUAUGGGGUCAUGGCUGAGCAGUUCCUGUUGUGGCGAGCACUGUCUUGCGGGGCAGGAUUGUAUCCCCGUUGUGAAGGAUCGUUGCUGGUGUUCGAAAUCGUAUUGUCGAGACUCUGACGAUGCUGCAGUGUCCGGAGAGCAUUUGGAUCUGUCAAAUAUAGAAAUAGAGGUUGGGAAUCAUUCCGUGAUCGCCUUUUUGGCGCAGUUCUGAAGAAUCAUUCACUUCCGUAGACCUAGCUUUUGGAGACAUUGAGUCUUCGUUUUAUCGUGUGUUGUUUGUGGUGAGUUGUAUCAGACUCGGUGGAGGUGCGAUUUACGUGGUUUAGUUGCGGUUGGACGAUGCGCGAGGAAGGAUUUUGUCUUCGUUUUUACUCUUUCGUUCGGGGAAUGGUGGAUGCGUGGUUUUGAAGAAGUUGAUGCAUUCCAAGUGGAGGAUUCUGAAUCGCUGUGGCAAUCCAAAAUGUGUAUUUCUUAGCUGAUAGCAAUCGAGUGAGUUCGUGUGGUGCGGCCUUUAGGGUUUCUUGAAGUUUUCAGGGACGCUGAAAAUGUUCGAGCAAAGCGAAAGCUGUUUGAUGACCAGUGACAUGGUUUCUGGCGUCUCAAGUGGGCUUAGGAAUGGUAAUAACAGCAUUGGGCCGCUGUUAAGCUUCCAUUUUAUGAUCUGAUCUGCGCGAUUUGUUCGAUAUUGUUUUUACGACAUGGACGACGAAGUCAUGGAGCAGAUCAGGACACGUCUUGCUGCAGCCACUAGCGCUGCAACCGCGUUGGCAAAGUCCUUAGAAGCGCUUGACGAGAACACUCUGCAGACAUUAGAAAAAUGGCUGGCAAAACAGGAAGGAGGUUCGAGAUGCGGACAUUGUCGUGCCCAGAUGCCAAGAGGAAAAGAAGCCUCGAUGUGUAUAUCCUGCGGGAGCAAGCGUCCACCACCGCCAAACAAUCUGGAGUACGAUUUCAAAGUUUCAUUUGCAUUCUUGCAGUUCCUGGAAACAAUUCAUCCUCCUCUGAAGAGUGGCAAUCGCAGAAGUUGGAAUCCGACUGUAUCAAUUGCUUCAAAGAGUCCAGAGCCAUCAGCAAGCAUUGAGGUUCUGCCUGUGGAACGUGAAGUAGCAUCAAUAGAAGAAUCCAUACCGCAUUUGAAGGAUCUUACGAAAGAUGAAAUACCUUCUAGUAACUCACAGAAAAGCUUAUCUGACGCUAAUAAUGGGAUGUUGGCUGCUGAAGAUCAUGUUGAGAAUGAUGAUUAUGGGGACUUCCAGGAAAGCCCGGAGGAGAAAUCAGUUGACCCUUACCUUGGAAAAACUGAUGAUGUGGCUAAAAUAAAUGACCUCUCGCAUUUGGACGAGAACCCGGCUGAUUUGGGAUCUGCUGAAGAUACGAAGAAAUCUGAAGAGGCAUGUGUAAUUCCAGCAAAUUCUGAAGCUGUCAAUGAUUGGGAUACAGAGUGGGAUUUUUCUCCUUCAUAUCUCACGUCAGCCACGACCCCGCAGGAAAACAGUACUCUUCCCAACAACGAUGUUGAGGACCUGAAAGAAGUGAUACCAGCAGCUUCCCCUCAAGUCCCUGAGUACGACCUAAGUUUCUUUGAAUCAUUCGGAGACAAUGAAUCGAAGGAGCAGAGUAGUAUACCAAACAAUGAUAUAGAUUCUUCAUUUUGGGAUUUUCAAGCCCCGUCUCUUGCGAAUCCAAGGCUAGCGAGUCUGAAAGCAAUGGAAAGAUUUGCAAGUGAUAUAUCGGCCUUCACCACAAUCACGGAUUCUGAUAGCGACUCUGGAGACACCACUGUGGAAGCUUUGCCUCCACCAAAACCACCAGUGGAUAUCUUGAUGGAAACUGGUUUUGGCAGCGGAGGGGACGAUUUGCUGGGGUCCUUGAAUUCUCAUGAACAGGAUGGUUUUCAUAAGGUUGGAGGCUCGUCACAUCCUCUUGCACCUUCACCAGCCACUCAAGACCCGUUCCCGUGGCCGCUUGUUACUUUGGAUACCCUGUCAAGUCACAUGAAUGGGGAUGAUACUCCCAAUGCAGAAAAAUCUUCUGCUGGAAUGAUGGAAGCGGAGGGACAAGUUGGUCGUGAUCCUUUCCCAUGGUCCUUGGAAGAAUUUGACACCGGAACAAGUAACACAGUCCAUGGGAUAAAACAGCAAGAGUCACUGGAUUUGAUGGAUCCAGUUCGUCCCCAACUUGAGGAGAGCAACGUGGAUCCUUUUUCACAGACUCUCGAUUCAUUUAAUCUAACGGUGCCUGGUGUGAAUGAGGGUAAUGAAAAUGGACUUGAGACAGCACUUGAAGCUCAAGUUUAUGGGACUACUGAAGAAGAGCCUGAAGAUUGGGGUGAUGAAGAGUUUGUAUGGUCCCAAGCCGAGCCUGCUAGUCAAGCACAGUUGCCAUCGAACGAUGACUUUCCUGCACACCCAUCAGGAUCGUCACCCUUUGAAACUAGCUUCUCUUCUGAGACAACCACCAAGGAUGUUUUUCUAGACAAAGAUACAUUCCUCCUUGAUCAGAGUUCACCUAAACCAAGUGUGACAGAUUUAUCGGCAGGAUCUGCUGAAAAUUUUGCAGACUUAAGCAAUGGACUAGGCAGCUUGGUAUAUUCGGAAGCACAAAAAAAAGUUGUGGGAGAGGAUCUCUCAAAAUCUACGCAUGCUAGGUCGUUAUCGUUUGGAGAUUCUGACCAAAGGCCCUCUGGAUUGGAUCACAUCGAAGAUUACUUUAGACGAACUGUUUCUUUUGGUAACUUGCAGGCAAAAGAUGAGGCAGACGGUGAUGAGUUGUUGAGAGCUUUGCAAACAUCUUCGAUUUCACAGCCUGUAUCACCUUCACCUGAGCCAGGACAAGACAUCCUCAAAUUUCUGAACCUGAAGCCGGCUUCAUUCCAGAUUAAUGCACCUCUGCGUAGUGGAAGUUCCACAAAACCUUCACACGUGCGGUCAGUUUCAUUUGGCACGGUGGAGCUUGUACCUGACGAACAGGACGACGAGAUGUUCCAGUUUUUUCACACUCGGUCACAUUCUGUGGGGUCAUCAGCUGCUAAAGGUCCCGCAGUGGAACUUAGCGACACAUCGAGCAGUGACAAAGGCGUUCUUGGCGGAUUUCCCUCUGUACCGAAUACCUGUGAAGCUGAGAACCCAACAGUCAGUGAUGACCCCUUCAGUUUUAUUAAUUCAGCAAUUGCUCCAUCAAUUCAAGCUGAGACCGUUGAAGUUAAGGCAGCCACUAACGAUGACGAUGACGAUUUUUUCGAGUGGAAAUCUGCAGAAACUCCAUCUACAACUCCCUUUGAGAUUAAUGUUCAAGCAGUAUCACAGUCCGCUGUUUCUACACCAGCCUCAAUCCAUCAGGACAUUUUCCAGUGGCCAUCUCCUAUGCCAACUUCUCCUAGUCCAAGCAAGCUUGGGGGCUCCAGCUCCAUGUCAGGGCUACUCUCUCUUGCUGGUGGGCUUCCACCUAGCCAGAAUCGGACUUCUGUCAAGAAAGAUGACCUUUUUGCUGCACUAUCAAGGAGUUCUUCAACUGCUGGAGCCAUACAAGCCAGAACAUCAACAAUGCUAGCUGAUGCCACGCCUGCAUCUAAACUGCAUAAUCCAACAUCAGGUGAUGAUAGUGAAGACGAGUUUUCUGACUUCGUGUCAACUGAGGCACUGCCUUCUACUCCUCCAACAUCAACCCAACAAAAUUCAGCCCAUGCAAGCCAACCUCCAUUUGAUGUGUCAUUUUUUGAAGCACCACCAAAUCCAAAUGAUAAGCGGAACUCGGAUUUUUUUGGCGACCUAAUGGGAUUAAACUUUACCAAUGCUUAGUCUACAAUUCUUUGCACAUUCCAUGUGUUCAGCUAUCAUGUUCUGUGUUAAAUUUUCAACUGAAUUGAAAAAAUCUGCAAAUUUGCGCUUUCCAAAAGUGCUCUGUCCCUCA